AUGUCUAAAGAUACACGUUCGACUACUAAAGGCAUCAAAGUUGGUGUUAAUAGCGUUACAUGCUGUUUUUGUGAUUAUGUUCCGCCUGCAGAAAGUGUACCUAAAGACAUUCUGCCUGCUAUGAACAACUGUAGAAAUCUCAGAUACAUUUGCGAUGGUUGCCUCAGGUCUUUCGAUGGUUUGAAAACAUUGACCAAACCAAUUCUGGAUAAAAAUGAUGAAAUAAAAUUGGAAAUUAAAAAGAUUUCCAAACAUACAAACGCGUUAUGUAAAGAUUUUUGCAAACUAAAGCCAUUGGUAGUGGCAAAUGGUGUGAGGUUGAACCAGAUCAACAGCGUCGACAAUACGCUCGAUAGAUCAUUUGACAAUUUCAAGCAGCAGAUGAAUGAAUCUUGGACUGGUAUAGUCAAACAGGGUAUCAAUGCGGUUAAAAAUGACGUCAAGGUUGUGAAGCGUACCCUCGAAGUGGUGAAUACUAUCAAAGGGAGAGAAAACAAUGUCAUUAUUUUCAACUUAAGUGAAUCUAAUAGAAAGGACAAUGAUUCAGUUUCUGCUAUUUUGCGCUCUCUCACUGAUAACUCUAUCAAGGAUGAUGAUAUUUUUAAGUCACCAGACAAGGGAGGAAAAUUGAUGAUUCCAAAACUCCACGUCCAGUUACUGUUAAAUUCGCCAGUUUUGUCAUCAAAAACAGAGUCAUGCGUACGCGUUGAGCUGCGAGAAUUGAUUGCUGAAGCUAAAGCUAAAGAAGCUAAUGAUGGCCAUUUUUUAUACAGAGUGAGGGGCCAAUGGAUUGGACAUUUUCCUUUUGUAGAAACGUGGCAUGGUUCUCCUGAAGAUCCGUCUAUUCAGUUGGCCAUGCCGCCAGGUUUUAGUUUCUUGCAAGUGUUGAGGCCUCAUGAUCCUUAUCAUGGUAGUCUUAUUGUUUUUUUCAAGAAGAUGCUCAAGGCCAGGAAAAUUGAAGUUCCGUGUCAGGCUACCAUUGACAACAAGGCGGUUGGUACGCUCUUGGAACCGUUUGGAUACACAUCGUUUUAA